GUAUAGUUAGUAACAUUUUAAGAAGAGAACAGAGAAAUUUCAGAAAAUUUAAGACUGCAUCGUAAGAAAUAACGCUUGUUUACUUAUUUUAGCGUAAAAUAAACGAUCGGUAAAUAAACGAGCGUGCGCCGAAUGAUGUUUACAGCGUAGACGUACCGUGUGCGGUAAGUUAGCUUUAUCGAGAGAUUGCCGAAGAACAAUCUGUGUUCUAAUUAGAUUUUAAAGCCUUUCGUCUCUGUUUAGAAUCGCUCGAAUUCGAUUAGUUAAUUUUGUCGCUUGUAGCGAAAAAGCAUCGAACAGCUUCGAGCAUAGACGAGAAUUUCGUAGAUUCGGAAACGUAGGCUCGCCGCUCUACCGAUACGCGCGUAACGGAAGAAAUCUAUAUAUAAAUCAUCAUCGUAGAUCGUAGACUGGAAGCACGAACUGUAAGAAUCAAUGUUCCGGCGAAUGCGUUUCGUCUAUAUACAUUAUACGUAUAUGCAGACGACAGGAGACGAUAUCAUCCUGAACGUUGUAUUUACUGCGAAACCAUGGACAGGAGCUAGAAUUUUCUUGCCAAUAGCAACUACUUGUUUAAUAUUAAAAUUAUAGCACUUGCCCCAUACGGUUCGACUCGAAUGUUCGUCGCAGAAAUUUCACGUAAAAAGAAUAAAGAAGAAAAGGACGUUUCAAGGUCAUCUAUGCUUUUAUUUGCUUUUUAUCAAAUAGCGAUAUACAUUGAUGUUACGUUAGCUCGGAGAUAACGGCGUAGAUGAUCUUCGAGAACGGUUUAUUUAUUCGCGCUAAAUGUUCGCACAAACGUUGGAAUACACUUAGUAGGAUACUUUCAACUAUGUAGAUCGUUUAAUUAUUUUCAACGGUAUAACGAUCUUAGAGGAACGUGUUGCGACAACAAGAAACAUUCGUGUUUGUUCGAUGUAGGAGAAAGCACUGUCAGAGAAAUAUGUACAUCGAUUCGAGAUGUUGCGCGAAGCGGAACGAUAAUAAUUAUUUAUCUUUUUAACGUCCGCUUUUUUACCGCUUAACGAACUAUAUUGUCAAUUAUAGAAAGGUACGAAUUCGCUUGGCGAAUUUCGCAACGUUAACGGUGUUUCUUUCGAUUAUCCUAGUAGAAGAUGUGUAUCCUUCACUGCGUAGUCCGUAGAGGGAAAACUCGGCUUUCGAUGUUUCCGGUCAAGAAUUUUCUUCGAAACUUUGUACGAGGAACGUACAGUUAUGUCGAGAAAACUGGUUUACUCUCUUUCACGUUGACAAGUAAAAAGUUUGCUUCGAUCCGGGGAGGAAUAAAAGAAAAAGCGAAAUGAACGUGUUAAAGUUGAACAUAAUUAUCUCGACGAUACCAGCUCGCAUUCCUGCGCGCUUUCUUUGCGAUCGAAUGGCCUGGAUAGGAGCGAUACGAAUCGUUUGAAAAUCUCGAAGGAGCCAAUUAGACCGACUUUAAAAUACUUUCGAGCAUCCUGUUACGUUUUCGUAUUACCGAAUUGGAAAUUUGUCGGCCUCGCGGUAACCGAUCGCCACGACGCGGCGAGAGAUAUCGGUGGGAAAAUUGUUCGAACGUCGCCGAGGGAAAAAAGGAGGUAGAAGAGGAGAAGAGUAAUCGUCGGGACGAUUUCUAAAAGGAGGCAGGAGAGACGAGCGAGCAAGGAACAAACGUGUCCGAUCGGACGAGAGUAACUUUCGUUAGUGAGAGCGAUAUUCAUCCGUUUAAGUUUCCAUUCGUAAGCGUCGCGAUCCUAAGUGUGUAUUCCCCUCCUUCGUAGGCGCUCGUCAACGAUCACUUUCUUCUGCGUUCCUUCGAAGGAUUUACUCGUUCGAGUGGUCGAUGCAGCGCGAGGAUUACCUCCUCGUCUCUUUCCUUUCGUCGAACGAGACGUAUCUUUCGCGCGUUAGGCACGCGCGUCGUCGUCGUCGUGAUCGAGUCGCGUGUCGCGUCGCCGAGUCGAAAAAUAAAUCUCUCGUUGCUCGGUUUUCCUACGAUUCUUCGGAAUGGCCAAGAGCUAAGAGUAGAGAGAUUCGGCAAACAUGAACAUCGAGAUACGACUAAGCGAAACGGGUACCCAGUGAAAUGAGUGUUCGCGUUGGACUGGCGAUAAUCCUGUUCCUUCUCGCGGAGGUCGGCCGGACGACGCCGACGAGGAUCCUCGGGGAGAACCAUUCCGCGUCGCACAGACAACCACGAGCAGUUCUUUCGGCGAGAAGCGACGACCGAACGAACGUAGCGAGCACGACCGGCCGUAUAUUCAACGGGAAACCGAGCAAAAGAGGCUCCUGGCCCUGGCAGGUUUCUCUUCAGCUGCUGCAUCCGAAGCUGGGAUUCAUCGGUCACUGGUGCGGCGGUGUUCUCAUCGAACCCAACUGGGUCGUCACGGCGGCUCAUUGCGUUCACAACGAACUAUUCAAUUUGCCGAUCGGUGCGCUAUGGACGGCGGUCGUAGGCGAAUGGGAAUUGGACUCUGGCGGAAGAGGCUCCGCUAGGCUGCCGGUCGAACGAGUAAUCCUUCACGAAAGAUUCAAUAAUUACAUGCACGACAUUGCUCUGAUGAAACUGGCGAGGCCAGCUCCGUUGUCGAAGGCGGUACGAACAAUUUGCUUGCCGGACCCGGAAGAGGAGCUCGCGAAAAGCCAGUGCGUCGCUUCCGGCUGGGGUCGAUACGGACCCUCGCAGUCGCUUUCGACCGCGCUCUUGGAAGCUUCGGUGCCGUUACUCGAUCUCGAGAAAUGCACGCAAGCCUAUGGGAAAUCGGUACCGCUGAGAAGCGGCCAUCUCUGUGCCGGACACACCGAUGGCUCUUCCGGAAGUUGCGUGGGUGAUUCUGGAGGACCGCUGCAGUGUCGUCGCGCGGACGGUGUAUGGCAAUUGGCAGGCGUUACCUCUUUCGGGUCAGGAUGUGCCAGGCCAGGCUUUCCCGACGUUUACACUAGGAUACAAUAUUACGUGAAGUGGAUCAGGAAGAUGAUCAACAGCCACGACGACGACGCGCGCUUCUUCUGAUCGUGAUCGAAGACACGAAUAACUGUACGAAAUCGAUCGUCGUUGGUUCAGCGAGAGGGUAUUAUCCGACGAAAGGAAAAAAGGAUCGAACGAUCGUUGCAGCUCGUGUAGCGCGUUCGAAACGACGCGAUAGGCGAGGAAGAAAAUCGAGAGGGAAUAAAAAUAAUAAAAAUCUAGAAUACGGUAGAAGUAACUUGGAUGGAAAAUAGAAUCGGUCACCCUCCGGCUCAACAAUCUCUUCUUGAGGCUAUAUCUGGGCUAGCGUAUAUCUUAUUUCUGUUCUCUCGAUGCAGCUGAAAAAUAUCUGCAUUUAAAUGAGUCGGAUGCGGUUUCUCCGAGCUCUCGGCAACUCGAACGCUCUCGAAGCGCCGAAGGUUGCGCAACCCUGUUGCGUUUGUGCGUAGCGAUCGCGUCUUCGUAUAGCGACACGAUGAAAUUAGAAAUAUCGAUUUAGCCGAGGACACGCGUACAACGCAUUCUAGCAAGUAAUAGAGGCAGGGUACACAAUCGAUGCGACCAGGAGCAUCCGUUAAUUAGCUUAAUACGAACCACUCAGCAUACCGAAAGCACACCCUGAUCGAGUUUCGUUCGCUUGCUGGCUCUACCGACUCGAAUCUUUGUUAGCUUCCUCCCGUUUAGACGCUCCUCGUUUACGCCUGAACCAGAGACACUCUUCGUUUUAACCGAUUGUUAGCGCCGUUUACUUAGCUAGUCAACUUUUUCUACCUUUCAAAUAAUAAAUUUCCUCCUAAUA